CUCACUCCUCUCUCGUUGUUCUUCUUCUUCUUCUUCUUCUGGUUCACAGAAGAAGGAAACCACACAGCUUCAUAUAAUUCAUAAAAUCUGAAGAUAAAAUGGAAGAAAUAUAUUCGUCGAGAAGCAUGAGCAGAUCAAAAUCAGCAUGGCGAGGAGCAGAUGAUCAAAUUUUCUCGAGAUCUAUUGAUGUGAGAAAUGAGGUGGAGGAUGAGGAGGCUCUGAUUUGGGCUGCGCUGGAGAAGCUCCCUACUUAUAACAGAGUCAGGAAGGGAGUUAUGGCCAUGGCGACGGAAGGAGACCUCAAGGAGGUAGAUAUAAGGAGCCUGGACUUACAGGAGAGAAGAAGCCUGCUUGAGAGAUUGAUCAAAGUUGCAGAAGAGGACCAUGAGAGGUUUCUGCUCAAGCUCAAGAAUCGCAUUGAUAGAGUUGGACUUGAUUUUCCGACCAUCGAGAUGAGAUUUGAGAACCUGAAUAUUGAAGCAGAAGCUUCCGUGGGUAGCAGAAGCUUGCCUUCUUUCUUCAAUGCAAUUAUGAACAAAUUAGAGGCCAUUGCCAAUUAUUUGCACAUACUUCCAAACAAGAAGAGGCCAUUCACCAUCCUUCAUAAUCUUAGUGGAAUCAUUAAGGCACAUAGGAUGACUUUGCUGCUCGGUCCUCCAGGUUCAGGGAAGACAACAAUGUUACUAGCUCUUGCUGGAAAGCUAAGUUCUGAUCUCAAGGUUUCUGGUAAAGUUACCUAUAACGGUCAUGGAAUGGAUGAAUUUGUUCCACAACGUACAGCAGCCUAUAUAAGUCAGCAUGAUCUCCACAUGGGAGAGAUGACAGUGAGAGAAACUCUAAUGUUUUCUGCAAGAUGCCAAGGAGUUGGAUGUCGAUAUGAUAUGUUAACUGAACUUUCAAGAAGAGAAAAGGCAGCAAAUAUCAAACCUGAUCCUGAUAUUGAUGUCUUCAUGAAGGCAACAUCAAUAGAAGGAAAGAAAACUGGAGUAAUCACUGAUUACAUAAUGAAGAUCCUGGGAUUGGAUAUUUGUGCCGAUACAAUGAUAGGAGAUGAAAUGAUAAGAGGUAUUUCUGGAGGACAGAAAAGGCGUGUCACCACAGGUGAGAUGAUUGUUGGGCCAGCGCAAGCAUUACUCAUGGAUGAAAUAUCAAAUGGUUUAGACAGCUCCACAACUUACCAGAUAGUAAAAUCACUCAGACAAAUCACUCAUAUUCUCGGUGGGACGACCUUUAUCUCUCUACUCCAACCAGCACCUGAGACAUAUGAGCUCUUUGAUGAUAUCAUCCUCUUAUCAGAUGGGUUAAUUGUGUAUCAAGGUCCUAGAAAAUAUGUGCUUGAAUUCUUCCAGUUGAUGGGUUUCAAUUGUCCUGAGAGGAAGGGUGUUGCUGAUUUUCUACAAGAAGUGACAUCAAAGAAAGAUCAACAACAAUAUUGGAUACAUCAUGAUAAACCAUACAAAUUUGUAUCGGUCGUCGAAUUUGCAGAAGCAUUUCAAUCAUUCCAUGUAGGAAGAGAGCUCACAAAAGACCUGUCGGUUCCGUUUGAUAAGAGCAAGAGCCAUCCGGCAGCUUUAACCACUUCAAAACAUGGUGUAAGUCAAAUGGAACUACUAAAAGCUUGUGCAGCGAGAGAAGUGCUACUGCUGAAGCGAAAUUCUUUUGUUUACGCAUUUCGAUCAGCUAAGGUGUUGGUCAUGACAUUGAUAAUGAUGACCGUCUUUCUGAGGACUAAAAUGCACCACCGAUCAAUAAACGAUGGAAUUAUUUUUAUGGGAGCUCUUUUCUUUUUAAUUGUUAAUAUAAUGUUUAAUGGAUUCUCCGAGCUCUCGAUGACGAUUGCUAAGCUGCCUGUCUUCUUCAAGCAAAGAGAUUCUCUAUUUUAUCCUUCAUGGACUUAUGCAAUACCAACAUGGAUUGUGAAGAUUCCAUUUUCAGUUGUAGAAGUUGCCAUCUUGGUGAUGAUAAGUUACUAUGUAGUUGGCUGUGAUCCAAAUGUUGGAAGGUUCCUCAAACAGUUUGUUGUACUUCUUCUAGUUCAUCAGAUGGCCGCAGGGUUAUUUCGUUUUGUUGGUUCAAUUGGGAGGAACAUGUUUAUGGCUGCUGCAUUAUCGUUCUACAUAUUAUUCAUUUUUCUUGUUUUGGGUGGAUUCAUUAUUGCACAUGGUGAUAUUAAGAAAUUUUGGAUUUGGGGUUAUUGGAUGUCACCAAUAAUGUACUCCUAUACAGCAAUUUCAGUAAAUGAAUUCCUUGGAAACAGUUGGAGUCAUAAAUUACCUGGAUCAAAUCAAACUCUCGGAGUGGCUAUCUUGAAGUCACGAGAUAUGUUUACCGAAGCAAAAUGGUACUGGAUUGGUGUAGUUGCUUUACUUGGAUACGUAUUCGCAUUCAACUUUCUUUUUGCAGUAUCUCUAAGCUAUCUCAAACCAAUUAAAAAAGGCCAACCAGCACUAUCUGAGGAGGCCUUGAAGAAAAGACAAAUUAUUGCAACAAACAGGCUUCAGCAUUCAUCAUUUGAAGGAGAAAACUGUAAUCGUCAAACUAGUGCCAGAGAUAAAUCUAUGAGGAUCUCACCACAUGAUUCUAAUCCUACUGAGUUGAAUACAAGGAAACAAAUGGCACUUCCAUUUGUACCACUUUCUCUCACUUUUGACAACAUAAAAUAUUCAGUAGACAUGCCACAAGAAAUGAAAGGAACAGGGGUUGCGGACAAGUUGAUGCUUCUAAAGGGUGUGAGUGGGUGCUUCAGACCAGGAGUUCUUACAGCACUAAUGGGUGUUAGUGGAGCAGGAAAGACAACUCUUAUGGAUGUACUUGCAGGAAGGAAAACUGGAGGAUAUAUAGAGGGAGGUAUUACCAUAUCUGGAUAUCCCAAGAAGCAAGAAACUUUCGCUCGUGUGUCAGGAUAUUGUGAACAAAAUGAUAUCCACUCCCCACAUGUGACAGUUUAUGAAUCUCUUGUUUACUCUGCAUGGCUUCGACUUCCUUCUGAAGUUGAUUCUAAAACAAGAGAAAUGUUCAUUGAAGAGGUUAUGGAGCUUGUAGAGAUGGCAUCUUUAAGGAAUGCACUAGUUGGAUUGCCUGGUGCAAAUGGUUUGUCGACUGAGCAACGCAAGCGACUAACCAUUGCUGUUGAGCUUAUCGCUAAUCCUUCCAUUAUUUUCAUGGAUGAGCCUACCUCUGGACUUGAUGCCAGGGCAGCUGCAAUUGUAAUGAGAACUGUAAGAAACACUGUUGAUACCGGCAGGACAGUUGUGUGCACGAUUCACCAACCUAGCAUUGAUAUUUUUGAAGCUUUUGAUGAGCUAUUUUUGAUGAAAAGAGGAGGCGAAGAGAUAUAUGUGGGACCAUUAGGACAUAACUCUUUUCAUCUCAUAAAUUAUUUUGAGGGGAUCCAAGGGGUAAGUAAGAUUAAAGAUGGUCAUAAUCCUGCAACAUGGAUGUUAGAAGUCACCACCCCAGCUCAAGAAAGUCUACUCGGUAUUAACUUUAGUGAAGUAUACAAGAAGUCUGAAUUAUGUCAGAGAAAUAAAGCAUUAAUCGUCGAAAAUAGUAGACCAUCUCCUGGCUCACAAGAUCUCUCCUUUCCAACUCAAUAUUCUCAGCCUUUCUUGACACAAUGCUUAGCAUGCUUAUGGAAACAACACUUGUCAUAUUGGAGGAACACUUCAUACACUGUGAUGAGGUUUGUCUUCACCAUGAUGAUAGCAGCGAUGCUUGGGACAAUUUUUUGGAACCUUGGGGGUAAAAAAAAGAAACAACAAGACUUGUUCAAUGCAUUGGGUUCAAUGUAUAGUGCUGUUUUAUUCAUUGGAAUAUCAUACUCGAAUGGAGUGCAACCUGUUGUCGCAAUCGAACGUACUGUUUUUUAUAGAGAGAGAGCAGCAGGAAAGUACUCAGCUAUAUAUUGAGUUUCAAACAUUCUAAUUGAGCAGCCAUAUAUUUUGGUCCAAUCAAUAUUAUAUAGUGUUUCGGUAUAUGCAAUGAUUGGAUUUGAGUGGACGGCAACUAAGUUCUUAUGGUACUUCUUCUUCACAUUCUUCACGCUACUCUACUUCACAUACUAUGGAAUGUUGGCAGUCAGCUUAACUCCCAAUCUGAACAUAGCUUCAAUAAUAGUUGCUGCAUUUUAUAGUAUUUGGAACCUUUUUGGUGGAUUUGUCAUCCCGAGACCGGCAAUGCCUGUUUGGUGGAGGUGGUACUACUGGGCUUGUCCGGUUUCAUGGUCCUUAUAUGGAUUACUUGUUUCUCAGUAUGGAGAUGUGAAUGAAAUGCUUGAAAUAGAUCAAACAGUAGAGGAGUUCUUAAGAAGUUACUUUGGGUUCAAGCAUGAUUUCUUGGGAGUGGUUGCAGUCAUGGUUGUCUUGUUUGCAGUUUUCUUUGCUUUUCUAUUUGGGUUUGCAAUCAAAGUGCUUAACUUCCAAAGAAGAUAAUUGAGUGGUUAAGGAAAAAGAAGAGAUUAAUGAACUAUUCUUGAAUGGUUCCUUCUUGCAAGUCUCCAUUUCUUCAGCACAUUUGUAUCCUUGUUGAUAAAUAAAAUUAAAAUAUGAUGUUUGAAUGAGAGUAAAGACAAAUAAUAUUAGUUUGAAUUUCUCAAGUAGUUGUUAACACUCAAAUA